ACAGUUUUCGAAAUGCGGUGGUUGGUUGUGGUUCUAGCUUGCGUUGCUCUUUCGGUUGCCGAGGAUGCUCCCGGCAAGAAAGUUGAGAGUGUGCCAGUCGAGAAUGUAGUACGCGAAGAAACGGUCGAUGGACAGCAGGUCCAUUUCGACGGCUACACUGUGUACCGUCUCGUGCCUCAAGACACCUCUCAGCUGCAGUACAUUGCGUCUCUCGAGACGGAUCAAGAUGUUCCCUACGAUUUCUGGAAGCAUCCUUCCGAGCCUGGAAAAUACGUCGACAUCAACGUCGCACCCCAGAAAAAGGAGAAAUUCGAGAAGGAGAUCGAAGCCCGGAACAUCACGUCGGCCGUUCUCAUCCCCGAUCUCGAGCAGGAGAUCCGCAACUGCACCGCCAACGGCCCCAACCCCGAUGAUCCGAGCGAUCGGAACCACGAGAGCUUCUUCCUAGACUACAGGAGCUACGGGGAAAUUGUCAAACAUCUAGAUCUGCUAGUCUACAAAUACAAUUCCAAAGAGAAGGGUCUUCUUGUCGAGAAGCACAAGAUCGGACUUUCCUCCGAGAAGAGGGAUCUCUUCGUGCUCCAGAUCACCACCGCUACCACGAAUCCGAAGAAGUCCAUUUGGCUCGACGCUGGAAUGCACGCUCGUGAAUGGAUUGCUCCCCCGACCGUGAUGUACAUCGUCGAAGAACUUCUCAAGGGAUACCGGGAAGACGGCAACGUGACGAACAUCCUCAACAACUUCACCAUUUACGCUAUGCCGAUGGUCAACCCCGACGGAUACGAGUAUUCUAGGACAGUCAACCGAAUGUGGCGUAAGACUCGAUCCGUUCAACGCGGUUUCUCGCUCAACGGUCUCUUGGGACGAGUUGGUGGAUGCGUCGGUGUCGACCCCAACCGCAACUUCCGUUUCCAAUGGGGAUCCGCUGGAGCCUCGACCAACUGCGCCAUGGAUACAUACGCUGGUCCUUCUGCCUUCUCUGAACCCGAAACGCACGCAAUGUCUGACUUCAUCUACAUCCGUCGUGAACACAUGCUCGCCUACUUGACUUUCCACGCCUACUCGCAAAUGUGGAUGACACCCUGGGGUUACACGAAUGCCCUUCCUCCGAACUACAACAAAAUGAUGGAGGUCGCCGACAAGGCGACCCGUGCUCUCACGCGGGUGCACGGUACCCGCUACCGCACCGGGUCAUCCACGAACCUCUUGUACGCCGCAUCCGGAGGCUCCGACGAUUGGGCUCACGGAGUCGCCAAGAUCCCCUACUCGUACACCGUGGAACUCCGUGAUGACGGUCGUUACGGUUUCGUGCUCCCCACCUCCCACAUCAUUCCUACUGGUGAAGAGACCUGGGCCGGUGUCAAAGCCAUGCUUCAAGAGCUCGUCCACAGGAGAGAUGACAAGGUCGAAUAAGCGUCGAGAUAUCGUCAGGACAAAUAUGUCUAUCACCGCAUCUCAUUUUCUAUUUAUUCAACGAUAAAUCCAUAGAACAUU